CUGAGCAACUCUGAAAAAAGCUAACAGUAGUUGCAGCUGACAGCUAUAUUUAUUUCAGAAUAUUUGGUGACAUGAGUAUUUGCAAUCUUGCUCAUAGCUGUCUCAUUGAGGGUCAGAUUCUGCUGUCCUUACUCAUAUCAAAUAAUUUCUUACAUUGCACGUGAUGUCAUUGAUUCAAUGUGGAGAAUGAUGGGAAAACCUGACCAUAGUGACUAAAAGCAACAGUUGCUUCUUUCAGUCUUUGACAGCUGUGAGAGCCACUCUUUUUUUUCCAAACCAUCCAUCCUAAAUUCCAACUGUAAGAGUAUGUACCUAUAUUUAGCUAGCGAGAUUAAGUUGCAGAGGCUUCAGGCAGGGCAAAGCACAUUGGUCUGCCUUUUUUACAGGCAGACCUUGGGGCAGACAGCAGCUAUAGCUUUCUGCUCCCUCCCCUUUCUCAACUAUUUGCGAAAUGGAUUCCCAAAGGGAACUCACUGAAGAGCUCAGGCUGUACCAAUCCACCCUUCUUCAGGAUGGCCUCAAGGAACUUCUUGAAGAGAAGAAAUUUAUAGAUUGCUCUCUAAAAGCUGGUGACAGAAGCCUGCCUUGCCACAGGUUGAUUCUGUCGGCGUGUAGCCCUUAUUUUCGUGAGUAUUUCUUAUCUGAGCAAAAUGAAGAGAAAAAGAAGGAGGUGGUUCUAGAUAACGUUGACCCCAACAUCCUGGAUAUGAUUGUCAAGUACCUCUAUUCAGCAAGUAUUGAUCUUAAUGAUUCUAACGUGCAAGAUAUUUUUGCUUUGGCCAGUCGCUUUCAGAUCCCUUCUGUAUUCACAGUGUGUGUCUCCUAUCUUCAGAAGAGGCUUGCUGUUGGUAACUGUCUGGCCAUCCUUCGAUUAGGUGUUAUGCUCGACUGCCCAAGACUUGCAUUUUCUGCCCGUGAUUUUGUUUCAGAUCAUUUUGUGCAGAUCUGCAAAGAAGAGGAUUUCAUGCAGCUUGCCCCACAUGAACUUAUCUCAGUUAUUUCACCUGACAGCUUAAACAUAGAGAAGGAAGAACUGGUAUUUGAAGCAGUGAUGAGAUGGGUCCGAAUAGACAAAGAGAACAGAGUUAAGAGCCUGGGGGAAAUUUUUGACUGCAUACGUUUUCGUCUUAUGCCAGAAAAAUAUUUCAAAGAACAUGUAGAGAAGGAUGAUAUAAUUAAAAGCAACUCAGAUCUUCAGAAAAAAAUAAAGAUUAUUAAAGAUGCUUUUGCUGGAAAACUGCCCGACUCUAGCAAGAGUACAGAAAAGUCAACCAAAGGGGAAGUGAAUGGCGAUGUAGGAGAUGAAGAUUUACUGCCUGGCUACCUGAAUGACCUUCCCAGGCAUGGCAUGUUUGUCAAAGACCUAAUUCUUCUGGUUAAUGACACUGCUGCAGUAGCUUAUGAUCCUCUUGAAAACGAAUGCUACCUAGCAGCUCUGGCAGAACAGAUUCCCAGAAAUCAUUCCAGUAUAGUCACCAAACAUAAUCAGGUCUACGUUGUUGGAGGACUGUAUGUGGAAGAGGAGAACAAGGAUCAGCCUUUCCAGUCAUACUUCUUCCAGCUGGAUAACAUCGCUGGGGAGUGGGUUGCCCUUCCUCCACUGCCAUCAGCCAGGUGUCUCUUUGGGCUGGGAGAAUCAGACAACAAGAUCUAUGUAAUUGCAGGCAAGGACCUUCGCACUGAGGAGUCUCUAGAUUCAGUACUGUGCUAUGAUCCUGAAGCAAUGAAAUGGAGUGAGAUCAAAAAGCUACCCCUCAAAGUAUAUGGCCAUGCUACUAUUUCAAACAAUGGACUGAUAUAUUGUCUUGGUGGAAAAACUGAUGAUAAGAAAUGUACUAAUAGAGUAUUUGUAUACAAUCCCAAGAAAGGAGACUGGAGAGACCUGGCUCCAAUGAAAGUGGCUCGCUCAAUGUUUGGAACAGCUAUUCAUAAGGGCAAGAUUGUCAUUGCAGGUGGUGUCACUGAAGAAGGCCUUACUGCAUCUGUUGAAGCUUUUGAUCUGACCACCAAUAAGUGGGAGAUUAUGCCUGAAUUUCCCCAAGAGAGAAGUUCCAUCAGUUUAGUCACCUUAAGUGGAGCUUUGUAUGCUAUUGGAGGCUUUGCAAUGAUUCAGCUUGAAUCCAAAGAAUUUGCACCCAAUGAAGUAACUGACAUAUGGAAGUAUGAUGACGAAAAGAAGGAAUGGACUGGCAUCUUGAAAGAGAUCCGCUAUGCUACUGGAGCCUCCUGCCUGGCUACACGCUUAAACCUCUUCAAAUUAUCAAAACUGUAAACAAAAUGCUGGAAAAUGUCAUAUGGUGAGGGAGUUUCAAUAGGCUCUUCUGGUUUUGUUGCAUGAAAGUGUCCCCACAUUAUAGCAGCAUACUAGUUCUAUUGUUAACCAGUCUGUCCAAGUCUUAAGAUAUUUACUAGCUAACCAACAACUGAAUUUUUGCCAGCAUUUAAAAUCCUAAAGAAUCCUAAGUAAUGCUGUUUGGAAUAAAUGAAGAUUUCAGAGAGUACUCCAAUUUUGAGUCUGUGAUACUGCCUGUAAAAGUAGUUAGACUUCCUUACACUCAGACAAUCCAGGAUAUUGAUGCCUUAUCCUCCAAAUAAUGCCCAUGAAUUUAUUGUUCAGUUAAAUACAACUAGUAAGUAGCUAACUUUACUCUAACUGGCUGUUUGUACAGCCUGAUUUCCCUCUUCAGCAAUGUAUGUAAAUCUUGCAUUCCCCAAUCAUAUCUUGACAAGAUUUUCAUUAGAGCCUUCUAAAAGUAAUUUAGUCUAAAAUUGAGGUGCAUAUUAAAAAUGACAGCAGCAUAAUACUAUGUGGCCCAAGAAAUGCUAGGCUCGGCCAAAGCUGUGUAAGCCAGACAUGAAGAAAGAGAGAAAAGUUCACAAGAUUAACAGCCUCACCGUUUCACCUGCUAUGUUUAGGCUUCUGGUAACAAGGAUUUUCCACUUUUUUAUGCUUUUAUAUUUAUUUCCAAAGCAAGUAUUUUAUGGAAGUUUUUCUCAGAGAUCUGAGGCCAUUAACAAACACUCAUUAAAAAGUCUCAGAAGAACGGAUCACCAGCAAAUACCUACAGCAGAGAAGACAUCUCCAUCUAGGAAAAAAAGCUGAUGCAUUUUGAUGUUGAAAAUUUUAACAAUUAAACUUUUGUUUUUAAAACCAUAGAAGUAUCAU